AUGACAGUUUCCUUGGUUUCCUGCAAUUUGCCGGCACAAGAACUUGCAUUCACAAAUUUUGCGUAUGUCAAUUCUUCAACCUAUUUAACUUUGAAGAACCUUUCUUCCAGACAAAAUGUUGCUGAACAACUUCGAAUUCUCGUCAAAAAUUUAGUUUUGAAUGUCGAGGUGGAUGAGAGAGUUGCUCACGGAGAAAUAGCGCUCAAUAGAUUACAUCGCCAAUUUGCAAAAAUUGAAUCUAGAGAGAGAAUAGAAGUUGAACUGGCUGUGGGGUUUGGAACCACUGGUAGUGAGGCCGCAAAGAAUAUUGCCGGUACUCUUUUACUGGAAGUUGAGCUAUUUGUUGGCUCUAGCCAACAGCUAUUAUUAGAUGGUGAUAAGAUUAUCCCUGGUAUGUUACAAAAUAUACGUAAUCAAGUAGUUACAAAUGGUCAAAAAAUAUCAUAUUUUUAUAAGGAAGAGAAUCUAUUGUUGCUAUUGACAGUUAAAGAUGUUUUAUCUUUAGAUAACUUAUUAUCAGACGGCAAUAAGAGAGAUCGCUCUGAGCCUAAAAGUUCACAUUUCUUGAUUAUUGAUUCGACAAGCUUGGAGUUAACAGGAUCUAAAACAGGCACAGUCAGAUUUCAGAAUGAUCACAGAAAUGCUCCGACUUUAUUUAGACACCAUUUCAGCUUUAAGGAUAUUGGUAUUGGUGGCCUUGACGAUGAGUUUUCUGUCAUUUUCAGAAGAGCUUUUGCAAGUAGGGUUAUUCCGCCAAAGCUACUUAAGGAACUAGGGAUACAACAUGUUAAGGGAUUGAUUUUACACGGGCCUCCAGGUACAGGGAAGACUUUGAUAGCCCGACAGAUUGCUAAAGUUCUAAAAGCUAGAGAACCAAAAAUUGUGAAUGGACCUGAAAUACUAAAUAAGUACGUUGGGCAAAGCGAAGAGAAUAUUAGAAAUCUAUUUAAAGAGGCUGAGGAUGAAUAUCGUCAAAAAGGAGACUUUUCUGCCUUACAUAUUAUUAUUCUAGAUGAACUGGAUGCUAUUUGCAAAAGUAGAGGAGCCGGAUCCGGUGGCUCAACAGGAGUUGGAGAUAGUGUGGUUAAUCAAUUAUUAAGUAAAAUUGAUGGAGUUAAUAGCAUUAAUAAUAUUUUGUUAAUUGGUAUGACAAAUAGGCUGGAUCUUUUGGACGAAGCACUUUUAAGACCCGGGCGUUUUGAGGUUCAGAUUGAGAUAGGACUACCAGACUCUCAAGGAAGACUGGAGAUUCUUGAGAUUCAUACAAAGCAAAUGAGAGAAAGUUCAAGACUUGCAAAUGAUGUUAACUUAAGUACUCUUGCAGAAGAAUCUGCAAACUUCUCGGGUGCUGAACUGGAAGGACUAGUCAGAUCUGCAACAUCGUUUGCAUUUCAACGCCAUAUUGACAUGGGAGAUAUGACUAAGCCAUUGGACGCCGAACAUAUUAGAGUUUGUAAAAGUGACUUUGAUUCAGCACUUGAAGAGGUACACCCUGCAUUUGGUACUGACGAAGAUGAGUUACAAAGUUUGGUGCCUAGAGGAAUAAUAGGAUUGGGCAGCGAGCCACAGAGGAAUUUGGAACUCUUAAAGAGGCUCUCGGAGCAAAUCAAGACUGAUGAGCAUCUUUCUACCUUAGCAGUAUUGUUAUAUGGUGAGAAAGGUACUGGAAAGUCAGCCCUAGCUGCCCAUGUAGCAAUUACAGGAGGAUUUCCAUUCACGAAAUUGCAGAGUCCUCUCCAAUUUGUGGGAAUGAGUGAAACAGCAAGAAGCCAGGAGUUGAGAAAGGCUUUUAGUGAUGCAUAUAAGAGCGAUGUAUCAUGCAUAAUCCUAGAUGAUAUUGAGAGAUUGAUGGAUUUUACUGCUAUUGGUCCCAGAUUUUCAAAUAUAGUACUGCAGACUAUUAUGAUUCUAAUCAAGAACAGAGCUCCAAAGGGAAGAAAACUUCUAAUUCUUGCAACUACCUCUGAGUACGAGUUUGUUCACAGUUCUGGCUUGGCUGAUAUAUUUAACCUAUCGAUCAGAAUUCCUUCAGUUGAGUCACAAGAUGUUCCUAGAAUUUUAGACUAUUAUCAGAAUGGUCUGUUUACACCUGAUACUUUAGCAAAAAUCUCAGAUUCUCUCAGAUUCCCAGUGCCAAUUAAGAAAUUACUAUUUGCUCUUGAACUAGUCCAACAUAAGUUCAAGAACUCUCAAACAAUCUCCCAUCAGGACUUCCUAAAUUCACUCCACGACGUCUUAAACUAA